GGUCUGUGGAUAUGUGAGGGAGGGCAUGGCGCUUUGUUGGGUCUUUUCAUUCUUUGUGUUGGAUCUCUUCUGGUACAUCAUCUCUUAUGAUACUGUCAUGGCUUCCUCUUUAAUCCUUGAAAGAAGCAAAUCACUUUCUUUUUCUACCUUCUUUUCUUCUCCCUUUCUCUUUCUCCUCCUUUUUAGCUUGUGAGGUAAAAGCAAAGGCAUGAACAGGUUGGUGUACCAAGAUAUAGGGCUGGCGAAGCCCAUGCAGCUGGUGCCCUCUGCAUCCUCCUCCCCCUCCACCACCACCACCACUGCGAGCAAUACUUGCUCCACAGCCAUGUCGCAGGUGGUGACGGAGCGCAGGGCUAGGCCGCAGAAGGAGCAGGCCCUCAAUUGCCCCCGGUGCAACUCCACCAACACCAAGUUCUGCUACUACAACAACUACAGCCUCACUCAGCCCAGGUACUUCUGCAAGACCUGCAGGAGGUAUUGGACCGAGGGUGGAUCCCUCAGAAAUGUUCCCGUCGGUGGUGGCUCAAGGAAGAACAAGAAGUCUUUCCUUUCCACCGCCGCCACCACCGCCACCUCUUCCACCGCCACAGCGGCAUCAGCAUUAGUGUCAAAUCCUAAGAAGCUUCCAACCGAGCACGUUUCCCCUCCCUUCUCCCUCUCUACUUCUCGUAAGUUCCAUGAGGGACAAGAUCUCAACAUGGCCUUCCCCCACCCGGGACUCCCCGAGUACAACGACUUCCCCAGCUUGGAGAGCAGUACCGUCAACAACAAUAGCAGCACCAGUAGUAGAAGCAUCCCAUGCAAUGCACUUGGUGCUCUCUCAGCCAUGGAGCUGCUGAGUAGUGGAAUGACAGCGAGAGAGAUCGGGACAUUCGUGCCGGUGCCACUGCCGGAAUACCCAACUGGAUUUGUGUUGCAGGAAUUCAGGGCUCCUGCAUUCAACUUCCCGAUAGAGGGAAUUGGUGGAGGAGGAGGAGGAGGAGGGGAAGGAGGACGAGGCGGGAGUAGCGGCGGGUACGGGGCUCUGCAGGGGAUGCAGGAGAGUGCUCAUGGAAGGCUUGUGUUCCCGUUCGAAGACGUAAAGCCAGGAGUGGCUGAUACAAGCACGACUCCCGAGUUGGAGAAUAGCAGGGAGGAAGGUGUGGCCACUCCUGGUUUUUGGAAUGGUAUGUUCGGUGGAGGAGGCUCAUGGUAGGAAUCAACACACUAUGCUUAUCCAUUAGGUCUCGGGUGGCUCAGCACUAACAAAAGACAGAAGCCACAUGAAGUUCCUUCUUCGUAUCUCUCCAUCACUCCCUUCUUCUCUUCUUUUACAGCCUUCAUUUUUCAGCAGCAUGAAGCUUCUUUUUAGGUCGGCUUCAAAAUGAUAUCUUACCGUGCAAAAGUAGCCUUUGGUUAGGCCAGAGAACCCACAUUUUUUCUUCCUUUGUUUCUGUGCAGUGAUGACAAAGGGAGGUGAUACACCUCCUUGCUAGUAGUGGUCCAUCGCCUGGUUCGCUGGAGAUGGAGAAGAAGAAUGGGUAGCGUUUGUGAUAAUGUUUGGUUGGGUUAGGCAACAGAGUCGUAGUGUGGCGACUGUGCGGACUUUGCAUCAGAUUUGUAUUGGCCAAAAACGGGGGCAGAAGGGAAAACUACAGUUGUACUGCUCUACUUUGUAACUCGAGAAACAGGGAUUUUGUGUACGUCAAUUCACGUUGGCAUGCAUGUUCUUCU